GAGACCUUGUUCCCCUACAUCAAAGACAAUGUGAAAGAGUAUCUGCGUGCUCACUGGGAGGAGGAGGAGUGCCAGCAGGACGUCGGACUUCUAAGGAAACAGGCUCAGGAGGACUCCAGUUUGGACGGGGCCGUGCCGAUCCCUUUGGAGAGCGGGAGCGGGGAAGAAGAGCUGGAGCGGGUCAUCCAGGCAGUUGUAGACAAUGUGCACUGGCAGAUGUCCCUGGACAGGAAGACCACAGCACUGAAGCAGCUGCAGGGUCACAUGUGGAGGGCAGCCUAUGCAACCGGGCACGUCAAAGGAGAAAUCUUCGAGGACGUGGUUCCAGCCAUCCGGAAGUGGCGGGAAGCGGGGAUGAAGGUCUAUAUCUACUCUUCAGGCAGCAUUGAAGCCCAGAAGCUUCUGUUUGGAUACUCUACAGAAGGUGAUAUCCUAGAGCUCUUUGAUGGCCACUUUGAUACCAAAAUAGGCCCCAAGGUAGAAAGCGAGAGCUACAGAAGGAUUGCCGCCAGUAUUGGGUGCGCUACCAACAACAUCCUCUUCCUGACCGAUGUCCCUCAAGAAGCCAACGCAGCUGAGGAAGCGGAUACUCACGUAGCUGUGGUGAUCAGACCAGGCAACGCAGGACUGACAGAUGAUGAGAAGUCGUAUUACAGCCUCAUCUCAUCUUUCACUGAACUUUUCCUGCCUUCCUCCACUUAGAGAAAGCAGUGCACAAAAGACUGUGCUUCACCUGAAUUGUCCUUGUGUAACAUUAGGUAACUGUCCAUAAUCAGAAUUUAAAACCAAACCCACAUCAUGUCUUGGACCUGCAAACUAGCGCGGGCAGGUAUGGAUGGAGAGUAUGUGGUGUGGGGUCCCUUCUGCGGUAGAAUA